AUGAGCAGCGGCGGCGGCGGCAACUCGCCCUCGUCGGACCGCGAGGCGGCAAAGACGCGCGCCGCCGUCGGGCCCUUUAACCUGCGCGCCGGCCUCCUCUUCCUCGCCACGGGCGCCGGCCUGCUCUACUACUUCCAGCGCGAAAAGGCGCAGGUGCAGGCGCGCCGCGCCGCCGACACGGCCCAGGCAAAGGUGGGGCGGCCGCGCAUCGGCGGGCCCUUUUCGCUCGUCACGUCGACCUCGCACCCGUUUACGCACGACGACCUCCUCGGCAGCUUCAGCCUCAUCUACUUUGGCUUCACAAACUGCCCCGACAUCUGCCCCGAGGAGCUCGACAAGAUGGGCGAGGUCGUCGACCGCAUGGCCAACCACUUUGGCGGAAAGAACUACAUCAACCCCGUCUUUGUCAGCUGCGACCCGGCGCGCGACACGGUCGAGGCGCUGGCGCGCUACGUCGACGACUUCCACCCGUCCAUGGUCGGCCUCACGGGCUCCUUUGACGAGGUCAAGCGCGCCUGCAAGGCCUACCGCGUCUACUUUUCCACGCCCCCCGACGCAGACCCCAACGGCGACUACCUCGUCGACCACAGCAUCUUUUUCUACCUCAUGGAUCCCGAGGGCAAGUUUGUCGACGCUUUCGGCAGGAGCGUCGACGCCCAGGAGACGGGCGACAAGGUCCAGGCCUACAUGAAGCAGUGGUUCGACGCCGGCCUCGACAUCCGCGAGGCCGACGCCCGCCUGCGCGUACAGCGCGACGGCAGGCCAAAGGUCGACCAGGCCCACAAGCCAGAUGCGCCGCCGCCCGCCGCGCCAGCCAAGGCGGCAUGA